AUGCCUGAUCAUCAUCAACCAGAUGAUGAAACGUUGUCCGACUACAAAACCGAAGACAAUUUUUCGGACAACGAUGAGCUUCCUCUCACAAAUGAACCACUUAGCAUCAGCAUAGUUGACAGAAUAAACAAGUCACUAAAAACCUUCCCGAUGCCUUCGUCGUUCAAAAAGUUCACCUCAAAGCUUUGGAAGUUGGUAUCGUUUCUGCUGUUCAUUAUGUACGUGAUGCUUUUCAUGAUAAGCUGCAUUGUUUCAAAGUCAACAUUGCUGUCAAUGACGUCGCAACUGGAGCCAAACCACACCGCGUACUGUCGAAAAAGACAAGGCAGCUUCGAGAUGAUGAGGCUAGAACUGGUCCAGUCGGAGGAGGAGCGAAUAAUGUGGAUCUGGUGCCUAUUACUAGCAUUUGCAGUUCCUGAAUUGGUAAAUUCAGUAGUCUGCUUCCGAAAGUCCAAAUCUAGGCCUUCGAUUUGCCAGUUCCUGCAGGUUAUGGGCCCAGAAACGCUCCACGUGGUUGGCAUAGCGGUAAUGAUCUUCGUGAUUCUACCAGAGAUCGAUAUGAUGCGGUUUUGGUUGCUCUGCAUCUGGUUCAUUUUUGACAUGGGUCUGCUCAACUUGCUGACAAGAGUCUACAACAAUGCCAAGUCCAAGAGAAACACGGCGUUAAUUGUCCUGGACUGUAUUAUCUUGGCAAAUUUGGCUAUUAUUAACAUUGUGUUUUCGUUGCAUGAAAGCACCUUUUAUGAUCACAGUUUUUGGGCGAUUAUGUUGGCGUCUAUUUGUAUAUUUUUUGGAUUUUGGCAGGAUACUUCUUAUUCUAUACUGAGUCCAACUGGCUACAUCCAAAUUUUCAACAGUGCUCGAGAAAAACUCUUUCCUGCUAGACACUUCACCUUCGCACUGAUAUCAAUCUGGAAGAUCGUUGUGUUCUUCGCAUCAGCGCUGACUAUUCUGUACCUAAACGGUGAUAAUAUCGUUCACAUUUUUACCAAGCUUGGACAAACCUUCGGAGAACACAACCUGACUCUCAUCGAAGACUUCAAUAAGCGCGAAGUUUACUACAAUGGGACUAUCGUUAGCUUGGAAACGAUAAUCUCUAUCAAAAAUGGAAAAUUCAUUUUCACUAUUUCGAUCCUGUUGACCCAAAUUUUGUUGUCUAUCCUCAGCAACGUCGAAGAUGACAAAGGAGGGCUUCGGAUGCUUCACGGCUUCGAUUUUCGAUCGCGACUCGGCUGGAAUAUCCCUCUGUCUUUCAGUUUCGGAUUAGUGAUCUGGACUUUCUACGUGCUAGAGCCAUUUUGCAAGCUUAACCAUGACAUGAUUAUUCCUAGGUACUUAUCCUUUGACUCCCGGGAACGAGGGUUGAAAAAGGAACUCGAUUUCCACAACAAUACGCUCUCUGAAACCUGGAAAGUGAUCGGCUCGAUUGUCUCCGUCCUUUGGAUAGGAAUCCACACGAUCAUUCGCUACUACAAAAUAAUGGUAGAGAACAAAAAGCCCCAGAACUUCGAAUACGAUCGGCCAUUGUUUAACAGAUGGCUAAGUUCUCUUCGCGCUCAUAAGGACGAGUCUAUAGACGUCGAGAAAGAACUUAUGACCUUCCAAAGGCACCAAGAAAUUCACUUGGACACCUUGUUCCAAUAA